AUGGAAGAGUUUAUUAUCUAUAAUGAAGAUUAUCACAUCUUUAUUUGUACUCAACAUGGGUAUGCAUUGACGAAACCCGCGGUGCAUCUUUAUGAGGAACACAAAGAGCUCUCAAAGGAGGAGCGAAAGAAGAUCACCAAUCAGCAUAAACACCAGGAAGCCAUACUCUGGACGGCGGUUCGAAAGCCGCCGCCACAUUCACCACCCAUCUAUGGACUGAAGACUCCCAUCGCCGCGUAUCUCUGUCCAGCUGAGCGAUGUGGCUGGGUCAGUUCUCACCGCAAAGGGAUUGAGAUGCACGCCCGGAAGGAGCAUGGCUGGAAGAAAACCGAGCAAAGUCCCGAGUACUGGAGCCAGAUAUGGGCUCAAACGUGGUUCACCAUGCCCGGCAGAAUCAAGUACUUUCAGGUUCGCAUGCCAGCUAAUACGCCGAUACCUGCCAGCUCGUCUGGGCCAUCUAGUGUUCGAUCCGCUCGACAAAGAUACACCGUGCCGAGUCACACUCACAACACACCCCGAGCAGUCUUGCUUCCCAGCCCGAGGGCCGAAGAUGAGGUUGCGGAGUUGAAUGCCAAAGCCGCCGCCAUGGAUGCUGCACACGAACUCGAGAUGGAGAAGCUUGAGGCUGAAAUGCUGAAACAAGACCACACGGGUUGGUGGAGUCGAACACUGUGGCAACAGCACUUCCGAAACCGCAAUCUUAAGUGGCUCGCAUAUACGAGUCGGCUACCAGACCAAGACGAGCCACUUCUCACGGAGAUCGUCGAGGUAUUCGACAUCUUCGCUACUGAGGCCGUCGAUGGUAUUCGAACACUCGACCAAGAAACUCGACGCUGGCUCCGAAGUGAACAGCGGUUUGAGAUUGGUCAACGACCAUUUGCACGGCUACAGAAUACUGACAGUGAGGAACGAUAUCUCGGCUACAUGCGUCGAUUUGUUUGCUAUACGUUGCGAGUUUGGUUUUACAGCGAGAUGAACGACAGCAACGAGAACCCACAACAUGAUGUCCCGGCGAAUAUAUCUUCUUCUAAUAUUGCCGCCAAUGUUUCCAUUAAUGUUUCCAAUGAUGUAUCCAAUAGAACUUUUGCUGGUUUUGCGGCCACGACAAAUACCCAUGUACUAACACCCCCAGAUAACGACGAAACGCCAUAUAAUAAUGAUACCCACGAUUUUGAAUUUGAUAAUAUCUCCGAGGGCGAUAGUGAUGAUAAGAACGACAGUGACGACGAAAGCGACCGUGAGGGAGAGACCGUUACUACUGGCGCCACCACCCCGGUCGCGCCAGAGCCAUAUCAGGAGGUUGAUGAGACCAAGGAUGCUCGCGAAUUAUUUCCAUGGACCCCGGCACAAAGGUGGUGUACGAAACAACUAUAUCAUACGGUGUACGACCAGACCCAACCCCAGCCGGCGAAGAUUGACGCGAUGAAGAAAUUUUUCACCCAGUUUAUAUUUCAUAAGGUCGGAGGAGAUAAAUUUCGUAGCGGAUUAAUUCAUUUUACCGCCGUCUUAGGUAUUGACGAGGAGAAUCGACGACUCAAGGAACCGCUCAAUUUUUCGUAUAUUUUGGCCGGAUUGACAUGGGACAUGAGAGUUCUUGGAGUUGAGCUGUUGCUACCAUCGUCGAAACGUGAGAGACAAUUAAAGGAGUCCAGUUGGGGUGAUCGAUUUCUUCGGUGGCGUCAGGAAUAUUUGUCGGAUGGUGGGGGCACUCCCAUGAGCGAAUUGAUCAAUUUGUUGGCAUACGGAAAAUACGUGGCGCUGAACAGUAGCAACGCUGCCACCAUUACAUGGUCUCGCAACAAAGAUACGAUGUUCUACAAGGGUAUUCCGAUCGCACUCAGCUCAUUCCGGCAGAUGGUUCAGGACAACAUUCAACGGGCCGAGCAAAUAUUGUGGGAGCAACUCAUGUGGGUUCGUGACGAUUCGAAACGGUUUUCCAUCGAUUUAGACAUUAUCCAGGACGAUCAGACAUUCACUCUCCGCGGCUAUUCAUUCUUGAAGCAGAGCAGCAAUGGUCUCGAUGGUGGUCGGCAAUGGAUGUUCCGCCAAAUGCUUCGACAACGGGGUAAACUUCGACUUCGCAGCAAGGAUAGAACGUGGAAGCUCCGUAACGUCCGACGAUAUCUCGUCAAGUGGAAGGAAGUCUUGGAGCGGCUGCUCUUCGGUGUCCAUUCAUCGUACGGUUCACUCGCCCGGGGGACAGAGUUGACGGCCAUUCGCUUUCGCAACGGAUCUCUUCAAGAUCGGAACCACUUCAUCAUCGACGGUACCAGCUCGAUUGUCAUUCGAUACCACAAGUCUCAGCAGCUCUUCGGCACCCCCAAGAUCAUCCCGCGUUUUCUACCAUGGCGAGUGGGUCAAUUAUUGGUCGUCUACUUGGUCUAUGUUCAGCCAUUUUGUGAGUAUCUACUUAUCGAGACGCAGAAUCAGAAGAUCAGCGAUCAUAUAUGGUAUAACGAAAAAGGGCCAUGGGAGACUGAGCAUUUAACCCGAGUUAUCAAACGACAGACGGCGCUUGGACUCGGAUAUCGAUUUCACACACUAGAUUUCCGCCACAUUGUCAUCAGCAUCGGACGGGAGGUGGUCUCAGAUAAAUUCGCCGAGGGUUAUAAAGAAGAGCUCGGGGAAGUGGAGGAGCCCGAGAGAGAGAUGGAUGAUCCCAUUGAGCUGCAGAGCGGCCGGGGUGAUGCGACGGGUGCCAGUCGAUACGGAGUGCGGUCCGACAUUGUCAAGCACAUGACGUCUAAGUUAAUCGAGACUUUUCGUCCCAUCAGUGAAGGCUGGCAUCGUUUUCUCGGGUUAGCCAGUGUGGGCGCCCAGCUUCUCAGCAAACCAUCUCAUCUCAGCGGCACUACGAUCGCCACCACUUCUACAUCAUCUGUCGAUCAAGGUAAGCGUUCGGCUCGAGAGUCGUGGGAAAUGCCGUCUCAUACUCCCCGCUGGCGAUCGCUCUUCGAUAGGAGUCCCCGUGGCCCCGCCCCACCGUCAUCCGCCGUGACCGUUAUCGCCCCAUCGGCAGCUCAAAUUGAGGAUGGGCUACAUCGACUGUUCGGGGAUAGGGCCGCUGGAUUUCGCUCCCGCGAGCAGGAGGAGGGUACGAUGGCGGUGCUUCACGGUGAGACUCCGGUCACGAUUGUUAUUCCCACGGGCGGAGGUAAAACGGUUCUGGCGAUGCUUCCCGUCGUCUUAGAGAAGGAGGGUGUCUCCAUUUUCAUUGCGCCAUUUCGAGCAUUGGUCGAUGACGUUGUCGCUCGAUUCCGCAAGGCUGGCAUCCACUGCAUUGAGUGGACGGUUGGCGAGAUCAACCCCGCUCGAAUUGUCGUAGUCAGUGCCGACAUUGCGGUGCAAGACAGCUUCAUGACAUACGGACGAACAUUGGUCGAGGCCGGUCUACUACGACGUAUCUUUAUUGACGAGGGUCACUGCACGUUUACCGACAGCCACUGGCGUAAAAAUCUCUCCCGGGUUCGCCACGUCCGGGGUCUCGGCUGUCCCACUUACAUCUUGACCGCGACAUUACCACCACGGCGCGUUAGUGAGUUAGAAGACAGUCUGGACAUCCGAUAUACGCGUAUCAUCCGAGCCAGUACCAUCCGCCCACGCCAUCGAUACUUGGUCCAACGAUGCCGACCCGAUGAAUUGGAGAAAGAAGCACUGCGGAUCUGCCAGCGGCAACUCCACCACUUAAUUCAACGAGGCGAACGGGGGGUGGUUUACAGUCUCUCUCGUGAUUUCUGCGUGUGGUUGGCCGACCAGCUUCAAUGCCACCACUAUCACGCUCGAGUGCAUGACCGAGCGGAACGUCUCGAGCAUUGGGUCCGUGAGGGAGGGUUGAUCGUGGCUACAUCCGCGCUCGGGACCGGUGUUGACAUUCCCGGCAUCGUCUUCAUCUUACACGUCGAUCUUCCGUUUUCGAUGAUUGACUUUGCGCAGCAGAGUGGGCGCGGGGGUCGUGGCGGAGAGGAAGUCCACUCUCUCAUUCUGGUCCCGAACCAAAAGGCCGAAGCUCGACUGCAGCAAGGUGGAUUGGGGGUGGAAGAUGAAGUGAUGGCGCAGUUCGUGGCCACCACCGGCUGUCGACGGCGUGUGAUGAGUGAGUAUUUAGAUGGAGCGGAGCUGGCGAGAUCUUGCGAGGGUGAUGUCCACUGGCUUCGAUGUGACCGUUGUGGCGAAGGAGCGCAUGAGACAUCGAUUCGGACACGAGAAGAAGAGGAGACUCAACAUUCCGUGGAGGAGGCGAUGACGGAGAUGAAGAUUGGGUGUGUCUACUGUUGGGUGAACGGUGAAAACCGGACGGCACCACAUUCGACGCCGAAAUGCGAUCGAGCGUGGUGGUGCGAAGCGGAGGUGGAGAGAUUCCGUUCUCGCAUUCGCUACCAACCCGACACGCAUAGUUGUCACCGAUGUGGCAUCAGUCAGCAUUUAUGCGUGACCGGACAAGACAGUGAGCAGGUGUGUCAAUGGCCGGGGGUGAUGGCUCCCGUGGUGUAUUGUAUGAUGCAGAGUCAGGUGGGGUAUCGACAAAUCCAGAUGGCGGGAUAUUUAGGGGCGUAUCAAGAUUGGGACUCGUACGCGCGAUGGCUCGGUCAGCGGCAUUAUCAGCGGAUUUGGGGGGAGAAUAUGAACAAUGGCAUGGCCGUAUUAAUUCGAGCGGUCCGAUAUCUAUACGAUGAGGACUCAGUCGAUCGUGACAUUGAACGAGAAGCCAGCGAAUCUGAAGGUCGGGAGUUUUGA